UCUUGGGUUUGAAAAUGGAGGCUUACGACGCCGCCCGCUCGCCCCGGUGCGCCCCAGGCUCCCCAGUGUGCCCAGCCCUCGGCCGCGGCUGCUGAGGGGCCCCCGCGCCGCCCGCCCCGUCCGCGCCACCUCUGGAGUAUUGUUUCCUUCGCCCUCGGCUUUGGAAGGGGGGGCGAAGAUCGAGUUGGAGACUUUUUCUUUCCCUCCCCACCCUUUUUUAUUUUCGAGAGAGAGGAAGGUUUUAUCCUAAAACCAGAGAGAUGAAGUCUGGUUCCGGAGGAGGGUCCCUGACCUCCCUGUGGGGGCUCCUGUUUGUCGUCGCCACGCUCUCGCUCUGGCCCACGAGUGGAGAAAUCUGCGGCCCCGGCAUCGACAUCCGCAAUGACUACCAGCAGCUGAGGCGCCUGGAGAACUGCACGGUGAUCGAGGGCUACCUGCACAUCCUGCUCAUCUCCAAGGCGGAGGACUAUCGCAGCUACCGCUUCCCCAAGCUCACGGUCAUCACCGAGUACCUGCUGCUGUUCCGCGUGGCCGGCCUCGAGAGCCUGGGCGACCUGUUCCCCAACCUCACGGUCAUCCGCGGCUGGAAGCUCUUCUACAACUACGCCCUGGUCAUCUUCGAGAUGACCAACCUCAAGGACAUCGGGCUUUACAACCUGAGGAACAUCACCCGGGGCGCCAUCCGCAUCGAGAAGAAUGCCGACCUCUGCUAUCUGUCCACCGUGGACUGGUCCCUGAUCCUGGACGCCGUGUCCAACAACUACGUCGCGGGGAACAAGUCCCCGAAGGAGUGCGGGGACCUGUGCCCAGGGGCGCUGGAGGGGAAGCCCACGUGCGAGAGGACCACCAUCAACAACGAAUACAACUACCGAUGCUGGACCGCGAAUCACUGCCAGAAAAGUAAGACGUGCCCGAGCGCGUGCGGGAAGCGAGCGUGCACCGAGAACAACGAAUGCUGCCACCCCGAGUGCCUGGGCAGCUGCAAUGCCCCCGACGACGACGCAGCCUGCGUGGCCUGCCGACACUACUACUUUGAGGGCGUCUGUGUACCCAGCUGCCCACCCAACACCUACCGCUUCGAGGGCUGGCGCUGCGUGGACCGCGACUUCUGUGCCAACAUCCCCAACGCCGAGGGCGCCGACGUGGAGGGCUUCGUGAUCCACGACGGGGAAUGCAUGCAGGAGUGCCCCUCAGGCUUCAUCCGCAACGACAGCGAGAGCAUGUUCUGCGUCCCCUGUGAGGGUCCUUGCCCCAAAGUCUGCGAGGAGGAAAAGAGAACCAAGACCAUCGACUCGGUGACCUCGGCUCAGAUGCUCCAGGGCUGCACCAUCUUCAAGGGCAAUUUGCUAAUCAACAUCCGCCGGGGCAAUAACAUCGCCUCAGAGCUGGAGAACUUCAUGGGGCUCAUCGAGGUGGUGACGGGCUACGUGAAGAUCCGCCAUUCCCACGCCCUGGUCUCCCUGUCCUUCCUCAAAAACCUUCGCCAGAUCUUAGGAGAGGAGCAGCUCGAGGGGAAUUACUCCUUCUACGUCCUGGACAACCAGAACCUGCAGCAGCUGUGGGACUGGGACCACCGCAACCUGACCAUCAAAUCCGGGAAGAUGUACUUCGCUUUCAAUCCCAAACUGUGCGUCUCUGAGAUUUACCGCAUGGAGGAAGUGACGGGGACAAAGGGGCGCCAGAGCAAAGGAGAUAUAAACACCAGGAACAACGGAGAGAGAGCCUCCUGUGAGAGCGACGUCCUGCACUUCACCUCCACCAACACCUGGAAGAACCGCAUCAUCCUCACUUGGCGCCGGUACCGGCCCCCGGACUACAGGGACCUCAUCAGCUUCACCGUCUACUACAAGGAGGCACCCUUUAAGAACGUCACCGAAUAUGACGGUCAGGACGCCUGCGGCUCCAACAGCUGGAACAUGGUGGAUGUGGACCUGCCCUCCAACAAGGACCUCGAGCCCGGCAUCCUGCUGCACGGGCUGAAGCCCUGGACGCAGUACGCGGUGUACGUGAAGGCGGUGACCCUGACCAUGGUGGAAAACGACCACAUCCGCGGGGCCAAGAGCGAAAUCUUGUACAUUCGCACGAAUGCUUCAGUUCCUUCCAUUCCCCUCGACGUCCUCUCCGCGUCCAACUCCUCCUCCCAGCUGAUCGUGAAGUGGAACCCGCCCUCCCUGCCCAACGGCAACCUGAGCUACUACAUCGUCCGGUGGCAGCAGCAGCCCCAGGACAGCUACCUGUAUCGGCACAAUUACUGCUCCAAAGACAAAAUCCCUGUCCGGAAAUAUGCCGGCGGCACCUUCGACAUCGAGGAGGUGACAGAGAACCCCAAGACCGAAGUGUGCGGCGGAGAGAAGGGACCCUGCUGCGCGUGUCCGAAAACCGAGGCGGAGAAGCAGGCCGAGAAGGAGGAGGCCGAGUACCGCAAAGUCUUCGAGAACUUUCUGCACAACUCCAUCUUUGUGCCCAGACCUGAGAGGAAGCGGAGGGACCUUGGACAAGUUGCCAACGCCACCGUGUCCAGCCGGGGCAGGAACAGCACGGUGGCGGACAGCUACAACGCCACGGACACGGACGACCUGGAGACGGAAUACCCCUUCUUUGAGAGCAGGGUGGACAACAAGGAGAGAACGGUCAUUUCUAACCUCCGGCCGUUCACUCUGUACCGCAUCGACAUCCACAGCUGUAACCACGAGGCCGAGAAGCUGGGCUGCAGCGCCUCCAACUUCGUCUUUGCGAGAACCAUGCCUGCAGAAGGAGCAGAUGACAUUCCUGGGCCGGUGACCUGGGAGCCGAGGCCUGAAAACUCCAUCUUUUUAAAGUGGUCGGAACCUGAGAAUCCCAACGGACUGAUUCUCAUGUACGAAAUAAAAUAUGGAUCACAGAUCGAGGACCAGCGGGAGUGCGUGCCCAGGCAGGAGUACAGGAAGCUCGGCGGGGCCAAGCUGAACCGGCUCAACCCGGGCAACUACACGGCGCGCAUCCAGGCCACCUCUCUGUCUGGGAACGGGUCGUGGACGGAGCCCGUGUUCUUCUACGUCCAGGCCAAAACGACCUACGAGGGUUUCACACACCUGGUCAUCGCGCUCCCGGUGGCCAUCGUCCUGAUAGUGGGGGGGCUGGUCAUCAUGCUUUACGUCUUCCACAGGAAGAGGAACGGCGGCAGGCUGGGCAACGGAGUCCUGUACGCGUCCGUGAACCCCGAGUAUUUCAGCGCGGCCGACGUGUACGUGCCCGACGAGUGGGAGGUGGCCCGGGAGAAGAUCACCAUGAACCGGGAGCUGGGGCAGGGCUCCUUCGGGAUGGUGUACGAAGGAGUUGCCAAGGGCGUGGUGAAGGAUGAGCCCGAGACCCGGGUGGCCAUUAAGACGGUCAACGAGUCGGCGAGCAUGCGUGAGAGGAUCGAAUUUCUCAAUGAGGCUUCGGUGAUGAAGGAGUUCAACUGUCACCACGUGGUGCGCUUGCUGGGCGUGGUGUCCCAGGGCCAGCCGACCCUGGUCAUCAUGGAGCUCAUGACUCGGGGUGAUCUCAAAAGUUAUCUCCGGUCCCUGCGUCCAGAACUGGAGAGAAACCCCUCCCUCUCACCUCCUAGCCUGAGCAAGAUGAUCCAGAUGGCCGGCGAGAUUGCAGAUGGCAUGGCGUACCUCAAUGCCAACAAGUUCGUCCACAGAGACCUUGCUGCCCGGAACUGCAUGGUGGCCGAAGAUUUGACUGUCAAAAUCGGAGAUUUCGGCAUGACCAGGGACAUCUACGAGACCGACUAUUACCGGAAGGGAGGGAAGGGCCUGCUGCCUGUGCGCUGGAUGUCCCCCGAGUCCCUGAAGGAUGGCGUGUUCACCACUCACUCCGACGUCUGGUCCUUUGGAGUCGUCCUCUGGGAGAUUGCCACGCUGGCCGAGCAGCCGUACCAGGGCCUGUCCAACGAGCAAGUCCUGCGCUUCGUUAUGGAGGGUGGCCUUCUGGACAAGCCGGACAACUGCCCCGACAUGCUGUUUGAACUCAUGCACGUGUGCUGGCAAUACAACCCCAAGAUGAGGCCUUCCUUCCUGGACAUCAUCGGCAGCAUCAAAGACGAGAUGGAGCCUAGUUUCGUCGAGGUCUCCUUCUACUACAGUGACGAGAACAAGCCGCCCGAGGUCGAGGAGGAGAUGGAGAUGGAGAUGGAGAUGGAGCCCGACAACAUGGAGAGCGUGCCCCUCGACCCCUCGGCCUCCUGCGCCUCCCUGCCCCUGCCCGAGCGACACCCCGUGUACAAGGUGGAGAACGGCCCCGGCCCCGGCCCGGGCAUGCUGGCCUUCCGGGCCAGCUUCGACGAGAGACAGCCGUACGCGCACAUGAAUGGCGGGCGCAAGAAUGAGAGGCCCGUGCCCCUGCCCCAGUCUUCGACCUGCUGAUGUGGGUCCCCGAGUCUCGUGCAGACAGUGAUCUGUGUGCACGCUCGGUGGGUGGGGGGAGCGAGUUCUAACAAUCUGUUCACAGCCUCCUGUACCUCAGUGGAUCUUCAGAACUGCCAUGCUGCCCACAGGGGACGGCUUCUCUGCAGUAAACACACUUGGGAUGUUCCUUUUUUUCAAUAUGCAAGCAGCUUUUUAUUUCCCUACCCAAACCCUUAACUGACACGGGCCUUUAAGAACCUCAGUGGCAACACUUAAUAGCAACAGGACACUUGAGAAUCGAGUCUCCUCACUCCUUCCCUGUCUGUCUGUCUGUCUGUCUGUCUCUCUGUUUCAUAAUGGAAAAAACAUUUGCCACAAGCCCAGCCCGGACGCCCUUUUUAUCAGAUUGAGGAAAUGGCUGUCCCUCCCUGUGGCCCCAUCUUGUUCCCAUACACACCUGCCCAUCACCGUCGUAGGUCUUUAUAAAAAAAAACAACCUGUAGUGAUGGCAUUUUUUAACUGUAUCUUUAACUUUUUUUAGGGACACAUGAAAUUUACCAAGGGCCAUCAUCCCUCCAAGGUUGUUACCAUUUUAACGCUGCCAAAUUCUGCCAAAACCCAGGGCUUUGUCCCUCACAGCCCCUGCGCUUGUUUCCUGGUUAGCAGAGGCACAGGCGAGCAUGGUCUCUGGUCCCUCCUGUGAGAGCCACGCUGGCCACGCCUGCCGUCUGACUGUCCCCUGGUGUUCUUGUCCAGCCUCACGUCCACACAGGUCAGUUUGCUUUUGACGAGGUUAUUAUUCAGGGGAAUUGGACAGAGUGGGACUUGAAGUCAGAGAAGACGGGGAGAAGCCGCCCUGGCUUCCCUGUGCCACCUCCCCGCCCCCACCUCCUAGCCCCAGGAAUUCUGUAGCAAGCAGACCCUGUCGAGGGAGAGCCUGGCAGGCAGGCUUUCAGCAAAGGGCCCACGUGCCAGUCUCCUGCCCCACCAGGUCCCCCUCCUGGCCCCCAAGGACACAGAUGAGAAGGGGUGUCCAGGGACUGAGCCCAGCUGUUCAUGCAGCUUUGCAGGGAAAGCAAUUCAGACCACACAACAGUCAGAAGAAAAGCAGUAAAUGGAUUCAAGCAUCCUCAGCUUUGUUGACAUUUCCUGUUGCUAGGACUUCUCCAGGGUCUUACAGCUCUAUGUCAGACCACGAAACAUUUGCAUACACGUCUUUAACGUCACUUUUAUAACUUUUUUACGGUUCAGAUACUCAUCUAUACGUCUGUACAGAAAAAAGAAAGCUGCUAUUUUUUUGUUCUUUUUCUCUGUGGAUUUAACUAUGAAAACUUUCAGGUCUCUCCCUCUCCCCUCUCUGCUGUCGCCAAGAAACUUCCUGUGCUUUGUACUAGACUCCGUGACUUUCUCCCUCUUUUCCCAGUAACUGACACAUGUAGGACAUAAUUUGCCACGAACUGUUCGAUGCCUUUUUAUAACUCACUCCCCCCGUCCCCGCUCCCCUGGCCCCGGUAGUUCUGUUACAACCUGUAGGCUCUGUGAGGCUGGCGAGGGAAGUAGGUGGAAAGGGGGUCCCUCCUCCGCCUGCUCUCACACAGCAUUGGAGCCUGUCACCCUGCCAGACGUGAUACAAGCUCAGGUCAGGACACAGGUUGAACACUUCACACGUCCUGUUCAGUGUUUCUAGUCACAGUGCAGGAAAGCCGCCCCUUCUCUUUCCCUGGCCUUCGUUUUGGUUGUGACACACAUAUAUCUUUUUUUUUUUCUUUUUUUUUUAAUUCUUGGGUACAACAGCAGUUUGAACUGCAGACACUAGUCUUUGGAUUACAUUUUUUUUAUUUGUUUCCUUUUAAGUGGAUAUUUAAUCCUUCCAUCCUAUGAAAAACAGCUGCUGGGUCCAAGGGUGCAGCAGAGUGUGGUCCAGCGGGCCCCUCUGUGGCCUUCCGCCACCACCCUCCAGACCGAUCUACCUGUUCUCAGAACCAGGAAAUCCCCAGGGACCUCCUUGCACGGGCAGGGAGCGGGCGCAGGGGCAGCUCCUCGCGGUGUCGGCAAGCCCGCCGCCAGGUCUGCCGGGCACGCCCGAGCUGAGCCACAGUGGCCGAGGAGCCCGUGCUCACUCCAGGGGACCAGGGCCCUGGCGCUGGCACGCUUUCCCUGGCCAGGAAUCCAAGUCCUCAGGGCCCGGGGGUCUUUUGUUAAGUUUUUAGCACUUCUCACCAGAAUGAUGACAGCAUAGACUUGCUUCUGGGAUGGAAACAUUUAAAUUAUGAGUAAGAACAAAGCUCAGAUGUGAUGAUUGCUAGCUGUGACUAGAGAUUCGAUUCAAGAAGGAAAGUUGGGAGUGCUGGUGCUCGUCAGUAGAUUCAGUCCCAGUAUUUUCUCUAGCCUCUGUCCCAUAGUUUGUCCCUUUAAAAAACUGAGUAAAAGAAAAAAGUUAAUUGAGAAGGUAUAUGUAGGAGUUCUCUUUUCUGGUUCCAGUUUCAAUUGUUGAAGAGAAGCCCCUUAUGAAUUGAAAUACUGACAAAAAGGGUUUUUGCGUGUAUAAGAAGGGACAGUUUUUGUUUUUUGGGUUUUUUUCAAACAUUUAUCUACCUCACACUUAUUUUUUAUAUGUGUAUAUACAAAAAGGAAUACAUCUCACAUUUCUCAGCACCUGACAAUAUGCCAUUGAUACCGGUAACCUCAUCCACCCACAGGCGCACACACCCGUGACGCAGGGCCAGGCCAGGCUGUGUCCCAGGGUCGCAGCAACACUCUCUCCCCUCUCCUGUCAUUUCAAACAGCUUGCCUUUUCCUGAGCUGUCUCAUCUGGCCUUGCUUUCUUCUUCUUCUCCUAACUCGGUUCCCUAAGAGGUUGUGAGGUGUCAGUAUUUCCCCCCUCGGCCCAGUGUCCCCGCUGGUUGUCUUUGAAACCAACUGCUUUGUGCAGACAGACUGGCGAUCAGAUUCUGUCAUUGGAAGAGCAGUGGUUUCCCGGGUUUUGAGGGCAGGAGGGGCCGAGGGGCAGACCGUCUCCGUUAGCAUCCCGCCUGCAAAGGCACAGCGUGUGGGUUUGCUUCAGCGGGCGCCACUCUCGCAGCCCCGGCGAGAACCGCAGCAGCCUCAGCGCUGAGCCCUGCCCGCCAGGCCUCCUGCUCGAGAAUGCAGAGGUCCCUACCUCCCAGCCCAUCCCUUCCAGAAUGUACUGCAGAGAAAAGUCCCCGUCCCCCUCUCCAGACUGUUCUCUCAACUUCACCCUCAUUUCCUCCUCCCUCCCAGGGGAAAACAAAGAUGUACCAAACCUUCGGGCUGGAGAGGGUAGUGGUCAGUGCCAAGCCUCCUUCUGGGGUGUCGCCCCUCCCACCAGGCCGUGCCUCUGUCCGUCCUGCUGCUCACAGGGGUGGACGGCACAUCCCCCGAUUCCAACAGCUGCUCUCACAGGCACUGGUGGUUUGAUCUGGGCGACAUGGGGGGGCUCUCCAAAGUGUGGGCAGCUCCUUGAGAGUCCCAGUACUGCAGCUAAGCUCAGGGGCAGUUCCCCUCUUGCAGGAACACCCCUCUCCUCUCCCAAGUCCCCUGGGACCUCGAGGUCAUUGAGAAAUACUGUCUGAUCAGGGUUUUCUUCACCCACACUGUAGGUGACCCCUUGGAAUAGUGGCCUCUCCUCUCUUUUGCACAUACCUUCCGGUUUCCACAACUGGAUUCCUACAGAUCAUUCAGCUGGUUAUAAGGGUUUCAUUUAAACUGUCCGAGUUGUUGGUGUCAUUAUGUUUUUGUUUGACGUUGGUGGUUUUUCUUUAAGUAGAAAGCAAACACUAACAGUGUAGUGCCCAUCGUAACAAACGCUUCAGAAACAAAUAAGAGCAACGCUUGCUUGGGUGAUGGUGCAGUCAUCUUACUGGACCAAACCAUCCACCUGGACUCUGCCGAGGCAUCAUCUAUCCAGUUCCAGCCUGACUGUAUGCUGACUUCCCCGCCUCUUCUGGAUUUUUCUCUCUUGUAUGCUCCGAAUAAUUGACUCAAACUGAGCUGUGGCACUUUCCACGCAACCUCCUUCUGACAGCAGCUCCCACUGCUUGAAGCGACACGAACGAACCACUGAGGCACAUCGCUGAGCGGAUGUGAGCAUUAACACAUUGUCACGCGCAGCCCUUCCCCGAGGCAGCAGGAGCUGGCGUGUUCUGGAGACUGGACUGCAGCUGGGUGAGACCCAGACCACCCAGGUCUCCUUUAUGGGUUAUCGUGACGUUUGCUACACAGUCAGAAUGAGAUUCCUCCUUGGGAGAUAGAAGACGGGGUUCUGGCCAACACUGGCCUCCCCUUCCAGCCUGUUUCUCGUGACUUGGAACAACAUCUCGACGGUCGGAGAAGCAGCUUGGUAAAAUAGAAAAGUGGUUAUUGUGGAACUACCCAGUGGCAAAAUCCUUGGCAUGAACUGGUGUGUUUUGGUUGAAGUGAAAGAUUCAUGAGCCAAGUAUGAUGCCAAAUCCUAGGCCAGUUGGUUCCACGGAAGCCUUCCUCAGUAGCCCACCUCUAUUGGCAGGUGGGCAUGUGACCCAGGCCACUCUUGUGGCAAGGUCACACUAGCUCAGUGGGUGAGAAGGCUAGGAUACUCGGUCCAAGGUCCUCGCUGUCACUGCUGGGUCCUCCCAGAGUGGCCAGAGUAUGGGAGGCAACUCCUUUCCAAAGCGUAGGCCCUUUCCAGUUGACAGUGGCCCUCCAUGCUCUGCCUUGGUCCUUCCCAGCAGUCCCAGUGACACAUUUAAGGUUUGGGGCUUGUUCUCUGGGUAAAGUUUGUUGGCUGUCCUUCUGUUUCCUGGGCUAAGCAGCAUUGGGAGAUGUGGACCAGAGAGCCACUCGUUAAGAGCCAGUGAUGAAAGGCAGACUUUCUCACUCCACUCUGACAUAGUCGGUACGAAUGAGAACUUCAAGAAAGGAUGUUUAGAUUGAACCUCUCUGUUGCCAGAGAUGCUGAAGAUACAGACCUUGGGUAGGCCAGAGGGCUUCUGGCCUCCAGCUCAGAUGACUAGUUGGUCAUUUAGAGGAAAAGCAGAUGACCACUCCUUGAUGGUGGAAUGAUCAGGCAGUAGGAAACCACUGUAACAGGGGUCCUGACGGGGCGAGAAGAGAAUUGCGAGCAGAAGGGCCCGGGGCUUGGGAGAAGUGUGGGCCACGCUAUGAAUCUGAUGGUUUCUUGAAUGCGUUAGACCACAUCAAGGCUCAGGAGUCAUCCACGGGCAUUUGUAUUCAACAGAUAAGCCUAACAUCCUACAUUGGGAACUGUUAUUGCGGAGUUAAGUCCAAUUGUUCAAGGACACGAACUGCACCGCGCCCGUCGGUGGUCAGUUCUGGGGCAUGACUUUAGGGUUUUGUUUUAUUUUGUUUAUGCAAGAACAUGAUUACUCAUCUGUAUGGCCAUGUUUGUGUGUUUCCGCAUCUUUCUGGUAAACGUUGUUUUAACUAGUCACACAUUAGCAUUUUCAAUAGGGCUCUCAAGUCCAGUAGAUACGGGUAGUCAGUUGACGAAGAUCUGGUUUACAAGAACUAAUUAAACGUUUCAUUGCAUUUUUGUAAGAACAUAGCAUAAUUUUAUACAACGUUUGUAGUUUGUAAUUGCCGAAAUAAUUUAAACACACUUUUAUUCUCUGUGCAAAUGUGUGCUUAUAAUCCAUUUUUUUAAGACACCUGUUUACUAGUUAGCUUUACAAUAUGCCAAAAAUGUAUUUUUCCCUGCCCCAGGCCGAGGUUUACCCUCUUUACCCCUAUGCUUAGUGCCCUAGUUUAUAACAAAGGGAUGAUGGUGAUUUAAGUAGUUCUGUAUCUUCAGUAUCUUGGUCUUCCUGAACCCUCUGAUUGGGAAGGGGAUCAUCUUGUACUGGUCAUUUCCCUUUGCAGUGUAGCUACUUUAACAGACUGCAAGAACCUCACUGGCCAAGGAAACGGCAGAGGUGUUGCUGCCCAGAGGUGCCUGCGGCACUCCUGGGCGUCUGGUGUGGCUGUGACCAUUGUUGUGCAGGCCUCGAGAUAGAGAGUGUGGCUGCACAGCUCAUGGUGUCAUAUAAUCACCGCAUCCAGACUUAUCACAAAAGAUAAUUUUGGUACGCGCAGACUGCUUGCUUAUAUGCCUCAUAUCGUGAUUAAUGCUUUGUUAUAACAAGGAAGAGACUCUGUUUAUUUUUUAGGCACAACACCGAAGAUACAUUUUUUCCAAUAUAUAUUAAAAAAUUCUUUUUAAUAAAAACUACACAAAAAAAAUUUUUUUUAAAGCCUGACUCCAUUUCCUCUAUCUCCCACUGGACUAUGGGCCAUACAACUCCACAAAACCCCAUCAUUGGAAACAUGUGGGUGUUUUGGGAGAAAGGUCCAGAAACAUUGUUUUCUGUUUUCUACUUUGCAUUCAGAUGUUUGACACUGUGUAGACACAUCCACAGGUGGAUAGAUGUCCGGUAAAAACACCUGUCUGCUUUCUAAGCCAGUGAGGUUGAGGUGAGAGGUUUGCCAGAGUUUGUCUACCUCUGGGACAAAAUUUAAAAACAAAACAAAACCGGAAGGCGCGAUGGAAUGGAUGCAUCGCAGAUCAUUCAUUUUCUGAGUUUUCUUGUUUAAAAAAAAAGUUUUUUACAAAAGGUUUUUAAAAAUCGGUCAUUAACAAAGCCAAUUUGUUACUUAAAAUGACUUUCUGUGUAAAAGUUAUUCCUAAAAAGUUCUUGUUUAUAUACAAAAAAUCAGUAGCCGAAAAAAAUUUCGAUAACGUUUUUGUAUACUCACUCUAUUAAGAAUUUAUUCCUGUUACUGCGAUAUACUCUGGAUUCUUUACAUUAUGGGAAAAAAAAAAAAAAAAAAAAAAAAAAAAAA